CGAAGGCGUUUCGACGCCGCGCAUUGGCGGCCAACCUACUACGGCCGGGGAAGGGGGGAAAAUUGCUGCCCUCGGACCAUGGAGCCCAGGCUGUCGACUUGUUGUUGCGUGCUCCCAUGUAUGAUGCGUUUCGCCUGUUGCGCACAAUUAGUCAGGGAGGGCUCGCCUGGUCUGGUCGUUUCCCACCGUGUCUCUCCCCCUCAACACGGCUGUUGCAUCCGGACUUAACCUGUGUAAAUCCCUCCUUCUCGAUUUCAAACCAUCUUCCUGUUCUAGACUCGUUGCCCUCAUUUAAGGAGACGAAGCGUUCCGUCCGUGCUCCCUCUUCUGAAUAAUAGCCCGUCUGCCCGUGAAUCAGCAGCAAUUCGCACUUAUAACGCCUGGCUGGGUCUCUUGGGAUCAUACUUCUCUCUCCCCUGACGGCCAAAGCACAUCUUCGGUCGGUCUCCUGGUCGUCACCACCUCCCGUUGUGUCACAUCCCCUCACCCAGUCGCCGCCAUGAGCACCACCAUGACGGAAACGACAACUCGCAUCUCCUUCUCUGACGACAAGAUGGACCAUCAUGACAUCGAGUCCGGGUACGUGUCGGGCCAGUCCGACUACGACCCCUCACCGAGAAAGGAGUCGAAGCCCAAGGUGUCCCUCACCAUGGAGCACAUCGCCUACCUGAACGACCAAAUGGAGACCAUGCAUCCCAUGGACAUCCUUCGCUUCUGCAAGAUCAUGUUUCCCAACCUGUAUCAGUCGACAGCAUUCGGCCUGACGGGCCUGGCCACCAUGGACAUGCUGUCCAAGAUUCAGCAGGAGAACCCCAACUCCAAAACGGUCGACCUCAUCUUCUUGGAUACCUUGUACCACUUCAAGGAGACGUACGAGCUCGUCGACCGGGUCAAGGCGCGGUAUCCCAAUGUGCCUGUCCACAUCUUCAAGCCCGAUGGCGUCGACACCGUGGAGGAACUCGAGGAGACCUAUGGCCAAGAGAUGUGGAACACGGCCGGCGAGAUGUACGACUGGAUCGUCAAGGUCGAGCCUCUGCAGCGGGCGUAUGAAGAGCUCCAGGUGACUGCCGUCCUCAACGGUCGCCGUCGCUCGCAGGGUGCGGCUCGCGGCUCCAUCCCCAUCAUCGAACUCGACGAUGAGCGGGGCAUCAUCAAGAUCAACCCAAUGGCUGCGUGGUCUUUCAAGCAGGUCAACGACUAUAUCAAGGAGAACAGUGUGCCGUACAACGCCCUCCUGGACCAGGGAUACAAGUCCGUCGGCGACUGGCACUCGACCAGUCCCGUCGGCGAGGGCGAGGACGAGCGUGCCGGCCGCUGGAAGGGCCAGAACAAAUCGGAGUGCGGCAUUCACAAUAAGAAGUCGCGAUAUGCCCAGUUCGUCGAGGAUAUGGAGCAGAAAAAGACCGCUGGCAUGGUGGCGCCCGUCUAAUGAAUCUCAGUGAGAGCACACUUGUGCCCUGAGAUGACGGGAACCCGAAGGGCUAUAACGACAUGAUGAACUUGGUUGGCAUUUGCAACGGGCGUUCUUGGCGAUCUUGAUUCCGGUAAGCCAAGCACGGAUAAAAAGUAUCUGAGCGGGCUUGUCUUCUUUCACGUACUAUGAGAACAGCCAUGGUUGGCGUUGGGAUGGUUCAGCGACGCAGUCCAAGGUGCCGAUGCGACCUUGGCCAUGGAGGGCAUUGGGGCCGGCAGCAAGGAAAUGGCCCAGCUAGCUUAGAAAGCAGCAUAGAGGAAAAUAAAUGCAG